UGCAGAAGUUCCUGGGGCCUCACGGUUCCUCAUGGACAUGAUGGGGCUGCCAAGGACCAGCAAGCACAUCACCUUCCUCCUGCUUUGCCAGCUAGGCGCCUCCAGCCGAGCUGACAGCUGCUGUGUGGAGAGGAUGUCACACUCAGAGGAAGCCUCAGGCUCCUCCUUAGGACCCAGGAACUUGAGCUGCUACAGGGUUUCCGGGGCCGACUAUGAGUGCUCCUGGCAGUACGAUGGUCCUGAGGACAGUGUUGCUCACUUCCUGUGGUGCUGCUUUGUUCGUAGGAAUGCCAACUUUAAGCAAGAGUGCUGCUGCUACUUUUCCUCAGGCUGGUCCCGGACUGUGCAGUUCUCGGAACAGGACGGUAUCCCUACGCUGUCCAAGGUUAAAUUCUGGGUGGAGUCUCGGCUUGGGACCCGGACUGUGAAGUCUCAGGAGAUAUCUCAGUACCUGUACAACUGGACCAAGAUCACCCCUCCCCUGGGACACAUCAGAGUGUCACGAUCGCAUGGGCAGUUGCGAAUGGACUGGAAUGUGUCCAAUGAGGCUGGUGCUGAGGUACAGUUCAGGCGCCGGAUGCCCACAACGAAUUGGACCUUGGGUGACUGUGGACCUCAGGUUAACUCUGGCUUCGGUGUGCUUGGUGACAUUCAUGGUAGCAGUUCUGAGUCCUGCCUCUGCCCUUCUGAGAACAUGGCCCAGGAGAUCCAGAUACGGAGGAGGAGGAGGCUCUCCUCAGGGGCCCCUGGAGGUCCCUGGAGUGACUGGAGCAUCCCUGUGUGUGUUCCACCUGAUCUGCUCCCCCAGGCCAAGAUUAAGUUCUUGGUGGAGCCCCUGAACCAAGGUGGAAGGAGGCGUCUGACCAUGCAGGGGCAGUCGCCACAGCUGGCUGUCCCGGAAGGCUGCCGGGACAGGCCUGGUGCGCGGGUGAAGAAGCACUUGGUACUGGUGCGCAUGCUGUCCUGCAGGUGCCAGGCUCACACCUCGAAGACCGUGCCCGUGGGCAAGACGCUGAACCUCUCCGGGGCCGCCUACGACCUGGACGUGCUCGCCGAGACUCGCUUUGGCCGCAGCACCCUCCAGAAGUGGCCCCUUGCCGCCCAAGAGCUCACAGAGACAAGAACCUUGAAUGUCAGCGUGGAAGGCAAUGUGACAUCCAUGCAGUGGGCAGCCCAGGCUCCAGGCACCACCUACUGCCUUGAGUGGCAGCCGUGGGGCCAGGACAGGAACCACACGCAUUGUACCCUGAUUGCACCGGAAGAUGAGAGCCCUGCCAAGAUGGUGACACACAGCUGGAGUUCUGAGCCGACCCUGGACAAGGAGGAAUGUUACCACAUCACUGUCUUGGCCUCCAAGAACCCCAAGAAUCCCAUCCUGUGGGCCACAGUCCUGUCCAGUUACUACUUUGGGGGUAACGCCUCGAGGGUCGGGACUCCGCGCCACGUGUCGGUGAGGAACUACACGGAGAACUCGGUGUCCGUGGAGUGGACGGCGUCGCAGCUGAGCACCUGCCCGGGGGUCCUGAUGCAAUACGUCGUGCGCUGCGCGGCUGAAGACGGCACGUGGGAGUCAGAGUGGCUCGUGCCACCCACGAAAACCCAAGUGACACUUGACAAGCUGCGCAGCCGCGUGGUGUACAAGGUUCAGGUGCGAGCCGACACUGCGAGGGUCCCAGGCGUCUGGAGCCAUCCCCAGCGCUUCAGCUUUGAGGUGCAGAUUUCCCGUUUAUCCAUCGUUUUCGCGUCUCUGGGAAGCUUCGCCAGCGUCCUCCUUGUGGGCAGCCUCGGAUACAUUGGCUUAAACAGGGCCGCCUGGCACUUGUGCCCACCCCUGCCUACACCCUGCGGCAGCGCUGCUGUGGAGUUCUCCAGCAGCCAGGGCAAGCAGGCUUGGCAGUGGCGCAACCCUGAGGACUUCCCGGAGGUUUUGUACCCACGAGACGUGCUCGUGGUGGAGAUGCCCGAGGACGGAGGCGACGGGAUAGAGUCGCUCCAGGCCACCCCUGAGCGUGCCCUGGACGCAAGGAGGCCCUUGGAGACUGAGAAGCAGGUGCAGGGACUCUCAGAGGCCAGGCGCCUGGGCCUGGCUAGGGAGGACUGUCUCCGUGAUGACUUGGCCCACGCGACACUCCCGCUGCUACUGGGAGAUGUGACCCAGGGAGCCUCUGUACUUGACGGUCUUUGGAAGACUCUUAAGACCGUGGAGCCGGGACCGCCCACUUUGGGGCAAGAGGCCUGACUGUUCUAUCUCGAGCCUGCUCCCUCCUCACGAGCCUCUAAACCGCAACAGCUGCUCACAAUGGCUGUCCUGUUUUAUAGAUGUGACUCUUGAGGCCCGGAGAAGGUGAAUGUCUCACCUGAGGUGACACAGCGUUGGCAGGACGCAGACCCAGGCCGUUCUCUCCGCGCUGGCGCUGUAGCCCCCCUCUUCCCCUCCCACCCACUCCCUCCCCUUCAGCCCCUAUAGCCACAGCCUGUGAGGGGAACACAGCAACCACCAAGAGCGGGAAAGUGCUUCCUUCAUGCAGCGCUGCUUGGUAUCCUCAGGGCAAGGCUGGAUCCUAUCACUGGUUUGUUUAUGUUGGUGGCUCCUUCCAGCCUGAGGGGACAUGAUCACAGGCUUAGUUUGCCUCCAGCAUCCUGGGCUGGAGUCUAACCCCAGGAGUACUAGACAGGAUGAGUCUAGAGCGUCGUAAGUUAGGUCACCUAAAAAGCAGGGCCGAGAUAUCCAAGGGAAGGUUAUACAUCUGGACUCAGUUUCCCCAUUGGAACAUUGGGCACUUAAUAAACGGGCCGUCCCAGGGACUGACAAACUGAA